AUGGAGCCGCCUGAGGGCUGGGACCCCUACGGGCGGCCGGCCCGGCGCACGCAGUGGCUGGUCAGCGCCCUCGCCUACCACUACGGGCUGGACCGCGGCGUGGAGAACGAGAUCGUCGUGCUGGCCACCGGCCUGGACCAGUAUCUGCAGGAGAUCUUCCACCACCUGGACUGCGCCGGGACGGGCCGCAUCCCCGGCCAGGACUUCCGCACGCUGUGCCAGGUGCUGGGGCUGGAGGAGGCGGCGGAGCCCGAGGAGUGCGCGGGGCUGUGGGACGGGCUCUCGGCCGAGCUCACCUUCCGCCAGUUCCACGCGCGGCUCUGCGGCCACUUCAGCAGCCGCGCGGGGCCGCGGCUGCCGCUGGGCCGGGAGAGCGAGCACAUCGAGACCCAGAUCCGCCUGCGCAGCCCCCGCCGCCGCCACCGCCCCGCCGAGCCCGAGCGGCGGCCGCCGGGGCCCUGCUCCCGAGAGUGCUACGAGGAGAUCGUGGCGCUGGAGCAGGCCGAGGACCGCAUCGCCAAGCUGGAGGAGGAGAACGGCAGCCUGCGGGAGCUGGUGGAGGACAUGCGGGCCGCCCUGCAGAGCAGCGAUGCGCGGUGCCUGGCGCUGCAGGUGGCACUGCGGAAGAGCCAUGCCAGCCAUAAAGAAGAAGGAUCCUGCUUCCUAGGGAGUAAGAGACCAUUAACACAGAAGCACUCCCAGACCAAGUGCCUCCAAAGUGUCCUGAAGGAAACUGAGCUCAUGCGGAGCUCCAGGGACGGGCAGACUGAAGAAGCCAUCAGGUUCAAUCAGGAGCUGGAGAAGGAGCUGAAGAGCUCUCAGGAAGCUCUGGUCAGCCUGGAAGAUUGCAACCGUAACCUGAAGAGGGAGCAGGCAGAGAUGAGGAGGAAGGUGGAAGAAGCCAGACACGCUGUCCUGAACAGUCUUGGCAAAGUGAAGGAGCUGGAAGUGAGAGCUAACGAGGUGCCACAUCUGCAAGGAUACAUUCAGCAGCUGGAAUCACAACUGCAGCACUACAGGUUGGCAUUGGAGAGGUCCCAUCUUGGCCAGCAGAGCAGCCCUGAGCAGCAGGAGGGAGCAGCCAUGCCCAGGGGCACCCACGGCGUGGCCGUGGCACCGAGGGAUCGCCGCUCGCCUGCUGGCAUCACCCACCACGCAGAGGAUGAGCUCCUCCUCUCUGUGGAGGGCCAGGCUGCCUCGGACCAGGAGGACAAGCAGUGCCCAGGUGACCCCACUCCCCAGCUGGACCACACCAAGGACAGCCCGGCCAAGCUCCCUUGCUGUGGCAGUGGAUGUGACGAAAAGACGUGGAGGAAGCUGCUGUCCUACCUGGAGACCAGCAGCACUGAUGGGAAGGACCAUGGGGAGCUCUCAGGGACAGUCUCCCCUCUCACAGAGCACCCAGAACUCAAGGGCCACCAAGAGAAAAGACUGGAAACAAGCAUGGAAGAGGUGAAAGGCCCCUUGCUCGGGGAGCUGCAGCAGAAGGUGGAGGAGACAGAAAUGCUGAAGCUGGAGCUGCAGAUGUUGGAGACAGAGAGAGUUCGGCUGUCCCUGGUGGAAGAGAAGCUCAUGGAUGUUCUGCAGCUUCUCCAGCAGCUCCGAGACUUGAACAUAUCUAAGCGAGCCUUGGGGAAAAUCCUGUUGAGCACUUUGGAAUCCUGCCAUGACCCCCAGCCUGGCAAGGCCCAGCUGCUGGAAGUGCUGGACACCCUUCAGCAGGAGCUGACAGCCUGUGAACUGUUGCACAAGCAGCCCAUGGAGCAGGCACAGAGCCCACGGUCCCUGUCCAACACCCUGGUGAUCUCCUGCUGA